AGCAUCUCCUUGUAUUCGUUGUUUGCGCGUCACCAAGUCCGGACCACUCGCAUCGUCGCAGUCGGCGUCGUUGUUGGGUAACUUUCACUAACGGAGCGCGUGCCACGCUACGGUUCGUGCUACUCACGGUUUGAACAAGUGCGAAAUGGUUUCCAACAACACCAGCAGCACAAGUUAAGUGGCUCGAUGUGGCUAAAGCAAAGAACCCGGAUAUAGCGCACUCUGCUCUGUGGUACGCUUAGUCUGCCGUUGUCUUAGCAACGUCGUGUAACGCACUAUCGCAACCGUGUUGUUGACGCAAUACACGCGCGCUGCUAUAGAGUUUCAUGAGAUAGUAUUGCUCGGUCCCGGUCCGUUAUCGUGCACUCGCGGCGACUGAUCGGCUAGCGAUUGGAUUAUUCCGGACAAACCAUUCCACGUAAAGAGGAGUGCCUACGGCGUACCGGAAGAAUGUGGGCCAUACAAGCCGUUUCUUGUCUUCUACUGAUGACCUUCAUGGUGUGGCCGAUUCAACAGACCGAUGGUCAGCUAACGCUCGACCAGAUGCGGAUCGUGGCGACGCGAACCAACGAGUCCCAUUUCGAUGCGGUACUGAAGAGCAUUCUGAAGCCCCGGAUCGUCGGUACGGCCAGCCAUGCGGAGGUGAAGCGCAGCAUCAUUACAGAGCUGAAGGCGCUCGGUUUCGGUGUCGAGCUGGACGAGUUCAACCAGAAAACACCACACUUUGGGUCGCUCAAGUUUACCAACAUCAUAGGCAAACUGAAUCCGGAGGCGGACAAGUACCUGACGCUUGCCUGCCACUACGAUAGCAAGUACUUCCGAGAGCACGCGUUUGUCGGUGCCGUCGAUUCGGCCGUGCCGUGUGCCCUGAUGUUGAAUCUGGUCAAAACGACGGAAUCGGCACUGAAGCUGCUGCGCAACAACACCGACCUUAGCCUGAUGCUACUGUUCUUCGACGGUGAGGAAGCGUUCCGAAAGUGGUCGGCGACGGACUCGCUGUACGGUUCGCGCCAUUUGGCCUCCAAGUGGACGACUGCUCCGUACGUCCCUAAAACGAUCGGUGGUGGAAAGUCGAUGCGGGAAAUUGAUCGUGUGCAGCUGCUGGUACUGCUAGACUUGAUCGGUAGCGAGGAUCCCAAGUUUUACAACUUUUUCCCCAACACACGCAACCAUCACCGCCGUCUGAGCAAGAUCGAGAACGGGCUACGGACACACAAGUUGUUGGUGAAGGGCAGCGAUGCGAAGACUGGUAGCAUGUUUUUGGAUCAAACGCUCUACAACCGGAUCGAGGAUGAUCAUUUGCCGUUUUUGAAGAGAAACAUUCCCGUGCUUCACCUGAUUCCGGUUCCGUUCCCCAAGCACUGGCACAAACCGGAGGACAACGAGGCGAACCUGAGCCGAUCGACGAUCAAGAACGUGAACGCCGUUUUGAGGAUAUUUAUGAUCGAGUAUCUUACGUUUUGCAACAGCAAAUAUGGCCGUGCACCAGAGAGCUGCCUGCAGUAGGGGUGGCAUCCGUUGACGGUUAUGAAAUUUAGAUCUCCUACGGUGGUUAAUGGAUUUGCAUACAAAGCGACUCCAAUUAUCGACUACUUCUUAAACGUAACGCCCGUAUGGUGCUUGAUGCAGUCUUAUUCAAUUUUCAAUAAAUAUUUACUUUAAUUAUGG